GUGAAACCUUAAAUUGCAAUUUUCGCGAAUCUGAAUUCAACCUUGACCUUCAGAAACUUUCACGAUACUGGAAAUGCCUCAAUCCAAUCAGUCGAAAGUGCUUUUGGACUUGAGGUGGUAAGCAAUAUGCUACCUGAGUUGCACUGGCAUCGUAAUAGUCGGCUUCAUCAGUAUUUCCUACGCAUCCAUGCGUACUUGUACCUGUUUGCUGCCUUGUAUCCUUUCUUUCAUUCUUCUAACUUCCCUCCUUUCCACCCGCACCACCUUGAUCAAUCACUCAGCCUUCGUGGCAAGGAAAUGAGACUUCCUUCGGGAAGCCUUUCGGUAUCUGCGCGUCUUGUGUAGAGACCGAAUGGAGAUUGGGAAGAGGGUUGAUUCUCAUUCUUCGGAAUUUGAAUUGUCCCUCCAUAGAGGAUCGCUGCCAGACCAACUACAGGACCUUCAUAGUCCAUACUCCUACUCUUCACGAGAGCUCUACAGGAGUGUGGCUCCUUGCGUACCUACAUUUCAUGGAAGAUAUAUAUUCUCUGCACGCUGUUAAGUACCAUUCGUUCUUUACGAGUGGGAAUGCUAUCCCACGUGACGACAAGGACGUGGGAAAAAUAUAUGACUUUUUGUUGUAAGCCAACUGAUAUCUAGGUAACUCAUAAGUAUUUGUGUAUUCAUAAUUGUUCUCGACCGUGAAGAUACGUUUGAAGAAGCCAUUUCAACAGGUCAAAUCAAGCAUCGCGAUCCGUCGCUUCCCGCACUGUAACGUCAUUGGCGGCUACUGUGUUGGAUGUCAUUGGUGACUGGAGAGUACACUCAGCACAUCCAAAAUAGCAAGUGCAUAUCGAGAAGAAUAGUGCCUCAUCCUUCCUUUCUGACAUUAAAUACAGCUGUUGUCUUUAGUUGUUCAUUCCUAGAUUAUAUUAAUCUUCGUUUCCCUCACUUUCUUGAGAGACUUCCAUUCCAAUCUUUUGCUCGUCAAGCCUCCACAGCUUCUGCAUUCCCCUCUCCUCUACAUAUUAUGUCCACAUCUCAUCCUCCAAGCCCAACUCCCCUGCCAAAACUCUCAAAAAUGUCCUCCCACCACAAAGCAACCAACACACGCUUCACCCACCUCCCCCUCAGCACCAGCGGUCCCCAAGACUGCGCCCUAACCAGAUCUGCCCUCCUCAACACCCCCUACUUUAACAAAGGCGCCGGAUUCCCAUCCGAAGAGCGCCAGAAGUUCAAACUCACCGGCCUGCUCCCACAACAUGUUUCCACGCUGGAUGAGCAGGUGAAGAGGGCUUAUCAGCAGUAUUCUUCCAGGCAGGAUGAUUUGGCGAAGAACACGUUCAUGACGAGUCUGGCGGAGCAGAAUCAGGUGUUGUAUUUUAGGGUGAGUGGUAUUUGCUUCUUCUGGCUUGGGGCAUGAUUCCUAGAGGAUUUGAAUUCUUAGUACUACUGUUUCCUGUCAUAUCCAGACCCAUUUGCUUUUCCACUACGGUUGCUGGUACUGCACGUGAGAUGGAUCGUCACGUGCAAAUGCCCGACCUCCUCUGGUGAUAAGCAUCAAUAUGCGAACAUGUAACAAUCAGUGGGACUGACUGCGUUCUCAUGGAACUGUUGCUGUAGCUGCUUCUUGUGUCAAAUCUUUCCAUUUGCUACAAGGGCGGAAACGGCUAACUGUCCAUAGCUAAUCCAAGACCACCUGAAAGAGAUGUUCUCAAUCAUCUACACACCCACUGAAGGAGACGCUAUUCAGAACUACUCCCGUCUCUUCCGUCGUCCAGAGGGUUGUUUCCUCAACAUCAACGAUAUCGACCGCGUUCAUGACGACCUCGCCCAAUGGGGAGGACCAGAGGACAUCGAUUACAUUGUCGUCACAGACGGCGAAGAGAUCCUCGGAAUUGGCGAUCAAGGAGUAGGUGGUAUUUUAAUCUCCGUAGCCAAGCUAGUCCUCACUACCCUGUGCGCUGGAAUCCACCCUAAUCGAACUCUGCCUGUCGUCCUCGAUUGCGGAACCGAUAACAAAGAACUUCUCGACGACGAGCUCUAUCUUGGUCUCAGACAACCAAGAGUCAGAGGCAAGAGGUAUGAUGACUUUGUAGACAAGUUCGUCCAGUCUGCUAGAAAUCUGUAUCCUAAAGCCUACAUCCAUUUCGAGGAUUUUGGCCUACCAAAUGCCCGCCGAAUCCUCGACCGCUAUCGUCCCUCAAUCCCUUGCUUCAAUGAUGAUGUCCAAGGAACAGGCUGUGUGACCCUCGCUGCCAUGCUCGCUGGUCUCCACGUGUUCAACCUCAAACUCUCGGACUUGCGUAUGGUUGUUUUUGGCUCCGGCUCAGCAGGAACUGGAAUUGCUGACCAAGUUCGCGACGCUAUCGCUGCCGACACUGGUAAAAGCAAAGAGGAAGCUGCCUUGCAAAUCUGGUGUGUCGAUAAACCUGGUCUGCUCCUCAAAAGCCACGACUCUAAGCUCACCAACGCACAAAUUCCCUACGCACGCAAGGACUCUGAAUGGCAAGGUAAGAAGCACGAUGACUUGCUCUCCGUAAUCCAGGAAGUUCACCCACACGUCCUAAUCGGCACCUCCACUCGACCAAAAUCCUUCACCAAGAAAGUCGUCCAAGAAAUGGCCUCCCAUGUUGAGAGACCCAUUAUCUUUCCACUUUCAAACCCCACUCGUCUCCACGAAGCUAGCCCAGAAGACAUCAACGAAUGGACGCAAGGCAAAGCGCUCAUCGCAACUGGCUCUCCUUUCCCACCUGUAAAUUACCAAGGCCGCGAAUACGAAGUCGCAGAAUGCAACAACAGCACCUGUUUCCCUGGCAUAGGCCUCGGCUGCGUCCUUUCCCGGUCCAAACUCCUCUCCGAUAAAAUGCUCGUUGCGGCCGUCAAAGCACUUGCUGCGCAGUCUCCAGCGCUCAAAGAUCCCAAUAAGGGAUUACUGCCGGAUGUUGUCAAUGUUAGGGAGAUUAGCGUGCGUAUUGCAAGGGAGGUCAUUAAACAGGCUGUGCAGGAGGGAUUGGCUACUGAGAAGGGAAUUCCCGAGGAGGAUGAGUUGCUGGAGGAGUGGAUUAGAGAGCAGAUGUGGGAUCCAGUUUAUAGACCACUGAGGUUUGUGGAGAAGGAGAAAGCGAGUAAGUUGGCCAUGGGGGAAGCUGGUCUGGCUGCGUGAGGCCUACUCUAGGAGACAAGAUUGUCUUUUGUGCCGGAUAGGAAGAGAAUGUGCUUUUGCGGCUGUUCGGUUCCUACAUAUCUCAAUGAUCAAGACUCAUACAUCAAUAAUAACCAUCCAGAUGUUUUCAUUUUUGAUCUUGA